GCGUUCUCCUCUCUGUUCGCGCUGCGUUCUCUAAUCCUGAACAACAACCAGCUGGUUCUGAUCCACCCCGAGGCGUUCUCCGUGCCUGGCAGCCCUCUGCAGGAGCUCAGCCUGCGCUCGUCGCUCUAUAACUACUCGUCUCUGACCGACCUCAUCACUGCCCUGCGCUGGGGAGAGCUUACAAACCUGCUUCACCUCGAUCUAUCGAGUAACCGCCUCGUCCUCUUACCCCCGGGGAUGUUCGCUCCUCUGCCGAACCUGCAGCAUCUGCAUCUGCGCAACAACUCUCUGGUGGCCAUCUACAACAGCACAUUCUCUGGUAUCGAGCAACUUCUAGAGCUGGACUUGACUGGAAACGCCUUCAGAACGAUCAGCGACGAGGGUCUUCGCGAGCUGGAGCGAUUCAGUGGGGUGCGUCUGCUGUUGGGUCAGAAUCCUUACGUGUGCACAUGUGAAGCGCAAGAGCUUGCCAACUGGCUAAACAGUUCAAAGGUUAGGGUGGGCGAUGCGGACAGGCUGUAUUGCGAGUUCCCUGCUGCUCUGCGUGACGUGUCUUUGCGGGGUCUUGGCGCACAGGCGUUGGGGUGUUACGGUAAAGUGCACGAAGAGAUCACCGACUUGUCCAUACAAACAUCCUAUGUGUUCCUUGGAUUAGUGCUGGGAUUCGUAGGCAUGGUCUUUCUCUUUGUUGUCUACCUCAACCGAAAGGGUAUCAAGAAAUGGAUCACAGACAUAUAUGAAGCCUGUCAAAAUGUGCUGGAGGGGUAUCAUCACCGUUACGAGAUCGACUCUGACCCACGACUGGGGCACGUUUCACACGGGCCCCAGGGUCGGCCUCAAAUGGACCAGCGCUUGGCGCACAUCUCUACUGACGCCCGUAUCUCACAGAUCCCAUCCGAUGUAACACUAUAACUGUACAAUGAACUCAUUUCUAAAGAAAUGUUUGUAGAUGCAGUAUUAUGUCCUGAUAUUUCAGUUUGUAGCAAAGUGGUGUGCUUGACAUUUUCUAAAUAGACAUUUAGCGGUUAGCAGAUACCAUUAAUUAGAGAGAUGUGUGACUGGUAACCGAUGCAAUGCCAAUAAAUGCAUGAUAUAAGCUAAUACAAUAUGCAAUUUAAUUGGAAAACAUCCACCAAUGUAAGAAGAGUCAACACAAAAACAGAACGAGAAAGACUGUAAAAGCAUAUAAAGGUUGAACUUGUGAUUGUGUAAGAUUACAGUAGUUUAGA